AUGGAACAUUUGGUGUUUAUUGACCAGGCUGUGGCGAAUUACUUGGAGUAUGCUCAUGAAUUGAUCGAUACAGCAAUUUCAACUGCUUUGAAAGCAAGCAAGCCUGUUAAUAUUAGCAUCAGCUGCAACUUGCCUGCAAUUCCUCAUCCCACUUUUGGCUCUGACCCUGUUCGCUUCACACUCUCUCCAAAAUUGAGUAACAAGAUGGGAUUAGAAGCGACGGUGGAGGCAGCGGCUGAGUUCUUGAACAAAGACAAGACCAUUAUCGUGCAGCCGGAUCAGGUAUCGAUCAUGAAUGGGAUAUUUGUUCCUGUAGGACAUCCUUUGAAGACAGUAGAACCUAAACAACCUUUGAGGGUUGAUGUCCUGCUUCAAUACAUACAGAACAUGCUCUCUAGUGAAACUACCAUCUUUGCCGAAGCCGGGGAUUCUUGGUAUGAAUUCCAUAUGCAGCAUGGAUCGAUCGGGUGGUCAGUAGGCGCUACUCUUGGGGACGCACAGGCUGUUCCAGAGAAACGUGAGAUUGCUUGUAUCAGUGAUGGUAGUUUCCAGGUGACUGCACAAGAUGUGCCGGUGAUGCUACGAUGUGGACAGAAGAGUAUAAUCUUUCUGAUAAACAACGGUGGUUACACCAUUGAAGUCGAGAUUCAUGACAGGCCAUACCACGUUAUCAAGAAUUUGAACUACACUGGCUUGGUGGAAGCAAUUCAUAAUAAGGGCAAGUGUUGGACUGCCAAGGUCUGUUGCGAGGAAGAGCUAAUUAAAGCGAUCGAGAGGGCAACAGGAGCCAUGAAAGACUGCUUAUGUUUCAUUGAAGUGAUAGUUCAUAAGGAUGAUACAAGCAAAGAGCUGUUGGAAUGUGGCUGUCGAGUCGCUGCCACUAAUGGCCGUCCGCCAUAUCCUCAGUACUCUCUUUUGCAGUUGCAGUGCCUUCAACAUGGUAACACAAACAUAUAUCUGCAUAUAUAG